AUGGCGUUGACUCUUCAGACAGCCAUCAAGGGCGCUGGCAGCUCGACCGCCAUCAUUAUUCCUUCUAAGCCCAACCCGUUGACUGUCACAUACAACGACCUCAUCAAGGAGACUGCCUCGUUCCAGCAGAAGCUUGCCGCCAUCGGCAUCACCAAGGGGGCCCCUGUCUCCAUUGCCACAGUCAACUCGUAUGAGUUCAUCAUCUCGUUUCUUGCCGCAUCCUGGCAGCGUGGAAUCGCUGCUCCGUUGAACCCGGCGUACAAACAGGACGAAUUCGAAUUUUACAUCGAGGACGUCAAGUCUGCCAUUGUUCUGGUUCCCCGCGGUGCUUAUCAGAGCAACGCCCCGGCUGUGAAGGCCGCCAAAAAGUUCAACGCAGCCAUUGCCGAGACGUACUGGGAUGCUUCGAAGAAGGAGGUUGCUCUUGAUGUGAAGGAGCUGGGACAGCUCCAGGGCAAGCCCAAGGAACAGAUUCUGAAGCCCGAGCCAAGCGACGUUGCCCUCGUUCUGCACACCAGCGGAACGACCUCCAGGCCCAAGGUAGUGCCCCUGACACACGCGAACCUGACGAGGACCAUGAGCAACAUCCAGAAGACAUAUGAGCUCACUGAUAAGGACCGCACCAUGCUUGUCAUGCCCCUGUUCCAUGUUCACGGUCUUCUCUGCGGCCUCUUGGCCCCUUUCCUUUCCGGCGGAUCCAUGAUCGUGCCGACCAAGUUCUCUGCCGGCGAGUUCUGGCAGGACUUUGCUGCUCACAAGGCCAAUUGGUACACAGCGGUUCCCACCAUCCACCAGAUCCUCCUGAAGAACCCAACGCCUAACCCGCUCCCCGCGAUCCGCUUCAUCCGGUCCUGCUCUUCGCCUCUUUCCCCUACAGUGUUCCACAACCUUGAGAAGACGUACAAGGCCCCUGUCCUCGAGGCGUACGCCAUGACAGAGGCUGCCCACCAGAUGACCUCCAACCCGCUGCCCCCGGCCAAGCGCAAGCCGGGCACCGUCGGCCUCGGCCAGGGCGUCGAGAUCAAGAUUCUCGACGACCAGGGCAACGAGCUCGCCCAGGGCGCCGAGGGCGAGAUCUCCAUCAAGGGCGAGAACGUCACGCACGGCUACCUCAACAACGCCGCCGCCAACGCCUCUUCCUUCACAUCGUCCGGUUUCUUCCGCACAGGUGACCAGGGCAAGCUAGACGAGGACGGCUACGUCAUCAUCACUGGCCGCAUCAAGGAGCUCAUCAACAAGGGCGGCGAGAAGAUCAGCCCUAUCGAGCUCGACAACGUCCUCACGCGCCACCCCGCUGUUUCCGAGGCCGUCAGCUUCGCCAUCCCCGACGACAUGUAUGGCCAGGACAUUGGCGUCGCUGUCGUGCUCAAGUCGGGAGAGAAGCUCGAGCAGGAUGAGCUGCGCAAGUGGAUCGCUGACAAGCUGGCCAAGUUCAAGGUGCCCAAGAAGGUCUAUUUCACCGAGACGAUGCCCAAGACGGCAACUGGAAAAAUUCAGCGCCGCAUUGUCGCUGAGAUUAUGCAGAAGCAGGACGUGCCCAAGGCCAAGCUGUAA